AUGGUGAGUGUGUGGCUGACCAUGACUGCCGGUCAGUGGCUCUCAGGUGUGUGGCUUCUGCUGACCCUGCUGUGCUCUCUUCACUCUGUCGGAGUCUGCUCAGUGCUGCGAUACAGUCAAGAAGUAAGACUGGUGAAUGGCAGCAAGAGCUGUGAAGGCCGUCUAGAGAUUUUUUACAAUGAGACCUGGGGCACAGUGUGUGACGACAACUGGGACAUGGUGGAUGCCGGGAUGCGCCUGAGGCAUCUAAUGGUGAUCUUCGUCUCGUAA